UUCUUUGGUCCCAUGCCACUAUUUUAAUUAACCUGUCAAUUAAUCACAAACAGUGACGGAAUUAUAGAUGGACCAAUAUUUUAAUAUAAAAUAUGAAAUGGCCAAAGUACCCUCUUGUUUUCACUCUAUAUAACCAAACACAUCCUCCAUGCUCAUUUCCCAUCCCAUUCCAUCCUGUGUUAAACACCAGGGACAAAUUUUUUUAUUUUUUAUUUUUAUCUUUUUGAGAGAGAAAAAAUAUGUUGGGGAUAUUCAGUAGCUCAGUGGUGUCUCCUCCGGAGGAGCUGGUGGCUGCCGGUAGCCGAACACCGUCGCCGAAGACGACGGCGAAUUUGCUUUUGAAAAGGUUUGUGGAGAGGAAGGCUUCAGCUGUGUCACUGCAGGUUGGGGAGGAUGUGCAGUUGGCUUAUACACACCAUGAAGAGUCACCAUGGCAACCAAGGUCAUUUGCUGUGAAGGAUGAGAUAUUCUGCUUGUUUGAAGGAUCUCUAGACAAUUUAGGGAGCUUGAGACAGCAAUAUGGACUUUCAAAAUCUGCAAAUGAAGUAGUUCUUAUGAUUGAGGCUUACAAAGCUUUACGCGAUCGUGCACCUUACCCUGCUAAUCAUGUUGUUGGCCAUCUUAGUGGUAGUUUUGCUUUCAUAGUUUUCGACAAGUCCACUUCCACACUCUUUGUCGCUUCCGACCAAUCUGGAAAGGUUCCUCUAUAUUGGGGAAUAACUGCUGAUGGCUAUGUAGCCUUUGCUGAUGAUGCUGAUUUGCUUAAAGGUGCUUGUGGAAAGUCACUUGCUUCUUUCCCUCAAGGAUGUUUCUACUCCACAGCAGUUGGAGGAUUAAGAUGUUAUGAGAAUCCAAAGAAUAAGAUUACUGCAGUACCUGCUAAUGAGGAGGAAAUUUGGGGUGCAACCUUCAAGGUGGAAGGGCCAGCAGUUCUUGCAGCCACAGAGUAGAUAUCUUUCCAAAUGGAGUAUCAUAUGAUGGAUGCAUUUAUGGAGUAAUGGGUUUGUGUGGAUGUGACUAUAAGACAUGUAUGAAGGGAUCAUAAUGUAAAUAGCUUUACUCAUAAUUGUGGAGAAUGGGACUAGUCAUUGUAGAGUUUAAUAAUUCUGUUGCAAGUUUUGUGUAUUACUACUACAUAGGAUUUUCUGUGUUUCAAAAAAUGUCCAGUUGCAUUUCGAAUGUAAUAAUAAAAAUAUAUGCGUCUGGCUUUGAGAUUCUGCAGUACUCUCUCAUUCUAUAUAAAAGUUAAGUUGUGUAGGUACAACCUUCCAUCUUCCAA